AUGACCCAUCUCGGAGAGGUCGACCAUGGAAAACAUGCACAAGAUGAACAGAUCGAGUCUGUUGAGGCCGUUCCACUUCAGACAAAGGUCCGUCCGACGGAGCCAGAAGUGGACAAAGCCCUGGGGCUGGUGGUAGAAGCAGGCCACUCCACUGUCCUGACGGCCGAAAACAAUGCUCGUGUGCUUCGGAAGAUUGAUAUGCGAUUGCUGCCUAUUCUCUUGGGCAUCUACUUCUUACAGCAGCUUGACAAGUCCACCCUCUCAUAUGCGUCCGUCUUCGGUCUCGUCGAGAAAGCCCACCUGCAUGGACAGAUGUAUUCCUGGCUGGGGGCGGUGGUCUACCUGGUGCAGCUUGUCGCUCAGCCGUUUGUGGCCUAUAUCCUCGUCAAAGUGCCGCUGGGUAAGUUCUUGGCCGUCACCACCUUUCUCUGGGGCGUGUCGUUGACGUGCAUGACCCCGGCGAAUAACUUUGCUGGGCUGUUGGUCUGCCGGAUGUUCUUGGGACUGUUCGAAGCCGGCGUUCCUCCUGCUUUUAUCGCUAUCACCCAGAUGUGGUAUCGGCGUAUCGAACAACCCGUGCGACUGGGUUCAUGGUAUGCCAUGAAUGGCGUGGUCUACAUGUUCGGAAGCCUCAUCACUUAUGGGCUUGGGCAUAUCAAUUCUUCGGUGUUCGAGCCCUAUCAGAUCAUCUUCUUGUUCUUUGGUCUCCUGACAAUUGUCUUCUCCGUGGUCAUAUUCUACGCGAUGCCCGACUCACCCGUUCAAUCGAAGUUUCUGGGGGAAGAGGACAAGCUAAUGACUAUCGAACGACUCCGCAUGAACCAGCAAGGGCUUGAAACCCACGUGUGGAAGUGGGAACAUGUCAAGGAGGCUUGUCUUGACCUCAAGUCUUACUUUUGGUUUGCGUUCACCUUUUCAAUCUCGAUUCCUAGUGGCGGUAUCUCGACAUUUGGUCCAUUGAUAAUCGAGGCCUUCGGGUUCAAUCAGUUCCAAACGAUUCUGUUUAAUAUCCCAUUCGGUGCGGUUCAACUGGUCGCAACGAUGGGUGGAGCUUGGCUGGCGACUUUCCUCAAGAUGAAAGGCCCCGUGAUUGCGCUGCUAUGCUUGCCUGCUAUUGCAGGCUGCGUUAUGUUGCUGGUCAUUCCCCAUGAUGGCCAACACAAUGGAGCGUUGCUCGCAGGAUACUACAUUGUGUCUGUCUACCCCGGAAUCACCCCCCUGAUCUAUUCUUGGUCAGCAGCAAAUACAGCCGGUGAGACGAAGAAGAAGAUAGUGAAUGGAAUUGUCCUGGUGGGCCAAUGCGCUGGUAACGUCCUGGGCUCGAACUUAUACACCACUACAGACGCGCCUUUGUAUCGACGAGGCUUGCGGUCUAAUCUUGCGAUGUUCUGCGUCUUGGUUGUGCUAUGCAUAUUGAACAUGGCCUACCUUUUCUUCCUCAACAAGAAGCAUGAGAGACAGCGAGUAUCAAUGGGCAAGAGCGCCAAAAUCGUCGAUCACUCGAUGCAAGCUGUUGGGGCGGCCGAGGGCGACAAACUAGAAGGACUGGUGCAAACUGCUGUAACGGAGGACAACGCAUUCAAAGACCUAACGGACUGGUUGAAUGAGGACUUUGUGUAUGUGUAUUAG